AUGGCAUUGACUCUCCAAACCGCCAUCAAUGGCCCCGCCAACUCGACGGCUGUCAUCGUGCCGUCCAAGUCCAACCAUCUGACUGUAACGUACGGCGACCUGGUCAAGGAGACGUCGGCCUUUCAGCAGAAACUGGCGGCCAUCGGUAUCACUCGCGGCUCGCCCGUCUCCAUCGCGACCGUCAACUCGUACGAGUUCAUCGUCUCCUUCCUGGCCGCUUCGUGGCAGCGUGGCAUCGCCGCGCCCCUGAACCCAGCCUACAAGCAGGACGAAUUUGAGUUCUACAUCGAAGACGUCAAGUCUGCCAUCGUCUUGGUUCCCAAGGGCGCCUAUGCUGCUGGUGCUCCCGCCGUCAAGGCUGCGAAGAAGUACAACGCUGCCGUUGCCGAGACGUACUGGGAUGAGUCCAAGAAGGAGGUUGCGCUGGAUGUGAAGGACCUGGGCCAGCUCAAAGGCAAGGGGCCCGAGAAGGUAUUGAAGGCCGAAGUGGACGACGUCGCCUUGGUGCUGCACACCAGCGGAACAACAUCCAGACCCAAAGUCGUUCCUCUGACACACCGCAACUUGACCAGGACGAUGAAGAACAUCCAGAACACCUAUCAGCUGACGGAUAAGGACCGUACCAUGCUGGUAAUGCCUCUUUUCCAUGUCCACGGCCUCCUCUGUGGUCUUCUCGCACCCCUGGCCUGCGGCGGCUCCAUGGUGGUUCCGUCCAAGUUCUCUGCUACCGAAUUCUGGGGUGAUUUUGUCGCCCACAAAGCCAACUGGUACACCGCCGUGCCCACCAUCCACCAGAUCCUCCUCAAGAAUCCGGCGCCCAACCCGUUGCCCAACAUUCGCUUCAUUCGUUCGUGCUCCUCCCCUCUGUCGCCCACCGUCUUCCACCAGCUCGAGGAGACGUACAAGGCCCCCGUUCUCGAGGCAUACGCCAUGACCGAGGCCGCCCACCAGAUGACCUCCAACCCCCUGCCCCCCGCGAAGCGCAAGCCCGGCACUGUAGGUCUCGGCCAGGGCGUCGACGUGCGCAUCCUCGACGACGCAGGCAACGAACUCGCGCAGGGCCAGGAGGGCGAGAUCUGCAUCCGCGGAGAGAACGUUACCAAGGGCUACCUCAACAACGAGAGCGCCAACGCGUCAUCCUUUACCAAGGGCGGUUUUUUCCGCACGGGCGACCAGGGAAAGAAGGACGAAGAUGGCUACAUCAUCAUCACGGGCCGCAUCAAGGAGCUCAUCAACAAGGGCGGCGAGAAGAUCAGCCCCAUCGAGCUCGACAACGUCCUCACGCGCCACCCCGCCGUCUCCGAGGCCGUCAGCUUCGCCAUCCCUGAUGACAUGUACGGCCAAGAUAUUGGGGUGGCUGUUGUGCUUAAGCCGGGACAGCAGCUCAAGGGCGACGACUUGAAGAAGUGGGUGUCGGAAAAGCUGGCCAAGUUCAAGGUGCCCAAAAAGAUUUACUUCACAGAGACGAUGCCCAAGACAGCGACCGGCAAGAUCCAGCGCCGCAUCGUUGCCGAGAAGAUGCAGCAGCAAGAGUCGCCGAAGGCCAAGUUGUAG